AAAGCAGUGUUUCUUAUAAUUUGAGUAUGGACACCGGUGGUCUCGCUCAAAUGUCUCACAACGGUUUCACUUCGCCGACCGGUUUGGGCAUGCCCACCGGAGGGCUUGCUUCGCGCCGCGGUGGCGGCCAGAACAUCAAACCCCUAUCCUUCGAGUCUAUCAAAACGUCUACCGAAUCCAAGGAUAACGGAGUUCCCACCCCGCGAACUAGCCGUUCUCACCUCCUUGCAUGUCUGAGGACGGCGCCAAAGUCGGCUACCGCAACUUCGUUUGCCUCCUCGCCAACCUCCGCUGUUCCGCCCACUCGCGUUCACGGGAGGGACAGUGUUGGAAACAUGUAUGGUAGCCAAGACGCCAUGUAUGGAGGACCCAAGACGUCGCAUCCCCGUCUUGCAACUCAGCAGCAGAGCUACAACCCAAUGAUGGGCUCCAGUCAGCAGCAAUAUACGGCCGAACAGAUCCUGGCACCCCCUGAGCUUUAUCUUGAUGAGCAAGUUCAAGACCAGAUGGAUCCUUCGCUCUAUGCUCAGCUGGUAGCUACCAACAUGUACCUAGCCCAGCAGCAGCAGCGACUGCAGCAACAGCUGCUCAGUGUCCAGGCGGCAGCUCAGCAGUUCCAGGCUAUGACUCUCAGCGGACAGUCCGUAUUGCAGCAGCAGAUGGCCCUGCAGAAUCUGUAUCAGCAGCAACAGCAGCUCAGAAACUUGCAACAGUCGAUGGCUAGCCCUAUGCAGGUUCAGCAGGGCAUUAACCCUUAUUACGAAGCCGCUAGCCAACAAGUUUACUACGUUAACCAGAAUUCGGCCCAGAUGAGGAACGUCAACACUUAUUCGGAUCGCACCCCCGCUACUCCUCAGGCUUAUAGCCAUCCCCAGGCAAAUAACGGCACACCCCGCGUUCAAGUUUCGCCGCCUCCCACGGAGAGCACACCGCCUGCGUUCCGAACUGCCUCGCCUCCCAAGAAGGUAGAAAUGACUGCGGAACCAACACCACUGCCACCUCCAUCCGCCAAUGCUUUUCGUCGAGGUCAUAAGAAGUCGUCUUCUCUCGCGAAUGGAAAUAAGGGCAUGUCGCUAUCGAUGGAUGAUGGCCCCAAGUCUGCUGGUCCCAAGACGGCCUCAUUCCCACUCACGCCCAUGACUAAUGGUGGCUAUGGCCCAGGCCAGGCUCGUGCUGGUGAGCACCCUAUUCGUCAGCCUCGUGGUCCGCCCGCUCUGGACGAGCUUAGGGCAAAGCCUACCGCCAAGCACGAGGGUAGCAAGAACUUUGCGCAACGGACUCGCCGCUCCGCUGUCCACAAUCUUGUCAAGGCCGGGAUGGUUAGGCGCAAGGGUACGGGUAGUAGCUGCGGAAGCAUGAGCCCCGUAUCUGAGAGCGCGGAGGAGGUUUGCACACCAUUGACUGACAACGAAUCUGAUUCUGGGCGUAGUGGCUCAGGUAGCCUUUCGGGCGAUGCAGAGCCGAGUCUCGCUAGUUCCAGGACUUCCACGAGUGGUAGCUGGGGAGCUAUUGGCUCCGAUCGUCCCAGUUCGCGCCAGAAGUCACGAAAGAGUGUCGAUAGCUUGUCCAGUGGGGGCGAUAGUGAGGGUAGCUUUGCGAGUGUAUUCAAGAACGGUUCCCAGCGCUCUGGUAAGACUGAGUCAAUCGACGGUCAGCGGAAAGCGCCUAUGCUCGUGCUCACCAGCGCCGAGAAGCGCAAGGGUAGUGUCGCGGCUUAGGGCACGCCCGGCUGCCUUAAUAUUUUCACGCAAUAAUGAUCGUAUGCUCCCAACGUCUUUGUCUUUUCAUGAACGUCGCGACGGAGUGGUAGAACCCUCCGAGCAGAGAUUACGCACGAAUGGACGGGACUAGAUUGGAGAACAGAAUGGCCAUUUCCUUUCGCGAUUUG